UGUGCUACUUCCGCCUUCUGACUUGUGACGUCGCAACCGUUAACAAGUAGCAAUGUGAGAGGUGCGAACCGAGAGGCAACACCGAGACGAAAAGCACAUAACUUGGCUUCCCGUUCCUCGACCGCUCCUCUAACCCAACACCCACCCGCCAUCUCGGCUUGAACAGAAUACCUGGGUCGAAGCACCAGCCGAACUCGGACAGCCGGACUUCAGAGAUCUCCAGACGGCAUGGGAGAAACAGCAGUUAGAGAGGAUGGUGCAGUGAUCCGAUCAGCUGAGUAUGUCGGGUCGUUUUCGGUGGACGACAGCUGCCUGGAUGACCAGAUGGAUCAGUUGCACAGGAACCUGAAGACCCUGAAUCCUUUUUUUUCCCCCCAUCCAUUUUCUGUACCACUGUACUUCUGCUGUCAGACAUGCAAGAAAAGUAGGCCUGUAUCCCUCAAGUUCUCCAUCAAAGGCGUGAAAAUGUAUGACGAGGAUGAAACGACCCUCCUGAUGGCCCACGCCCUUCGUAGAGUGUCACUGUCCACCGCUCGGCCCAGCGACUCCCAGUUCGCCUUUGUCUCCCACAACCCGGGCAGCGGCGACGCCCAGCUGUACUGCCAUGUUUUCAGAGCCAGACACGCCAGAGCCGCUCAGUUCCUGAACCUUCUGCUGUGCCGCUGUUUCCAACUCUCUUAUUUGGAGAAGCACCCGGACGAAGCCCAGGAACUCUCUUCCGGCUCCGCACCUCGACGUAACCCGUCGCUUCUCAACCAUGGCUUCCCGCUCAGUGUUAGCGCCCUGGUGUCUUUCAGAAGAGCUCCCUUUCGAGGCUUGACGUUCGGAUCCAAGAAAGAUUACAAGGUUUGUGACGAGCAGCCUCUUGGCAGCCAAGACGAGGUCUUUCCCACCUACUCGCCGUCCCUGGUGCGCAAGAAAGCCAUCCGCAACAAAGUGCUACGCUCCGGGGCUUACCGCUCCUUCACGUUCACGCCGCUCAAGCAGCGCCACGUGCAGGAGCGCCUCAGCGCCUCACAAGUAGAAAAGGACCAAGACAAGAUCCCAGCAAGACGAUCCCGGAUUUCGAGCCUGGCCGAAACUGAGGAAGCGCUGGCUCAGGCUGUGUGGUGUUGGGAUGGUAUCGCAACUGACAGUAGCUACUCCCUCCUGGCUGAUGACGUUUUGGGAUCCUACCUCCUGUGCCCGCACCCCAGGAAACCCAAAAGCGGAUCACUCAUCAUUCGCUUCCCGUCUGGCCUCAUCACCCACCUCAUUCAAAACACGCGUAAAGGGAAUUUUCUCUUGGAGAAAUGCAAAGCUGAAUUUAGUUCCAUCGGAGAGCUGAUUGAAAAUUACACGGAGAGCCAGGAUGGACUGCCGUGCCGGCUGAGCUGUGCUCGGGUCAACCACUGCUACGAGUGGGAGGAGGAAGACUACCCAGAGCCCAAAGCCCAGGAGCUAGACACAAACUUGAACAAAAGUAGAAUGCAGAGGAUUGGGAAAGGGAAGUGGAUGAAAUUUGGACACUAGAAGAGGGCAACUGCUAACCCUUUUUUUUUUGUAUGUACAUGUCAUCCUUCCCUAAGUCACAUUACGUGUGGUGGGACAUUUCAAAGUUUAUUAAUGCUUGGCGCACCUUUUUAUUCACCGUGUUGGCACUUCAAGUUUGUAAAAUGUAUAGGCCAUUUCUUCAAGGCUGUUUUUUUUGUAUUUGCUGCUUUUAUGUUUUUAUAUGUGUAUUUUUUUAAAUCAAGUUCCACAGUGUUUAUAAGGCAUGUACUUGUCCUACACAGUAUUUGCUCAAUCUUUAUGGGAAAAAGAGCCCAGGUUGUUAAAUCUGAUGGCAAAGCUGUUUCCCCCCCUCAGUUUUCAAAAUGCUGCAAAUAUAUUUGUUUAAAUUCAA